AUGUCAACAUUCCUCACCCAGGCAGCCCCCAAUAGCAGUACUUCAAUGGCCCCAACCUUCCUGCUAGUGGGCAUGCCAGGCCUAUCAGUGGUACCUUCCUGGUGGACAAUACCCCUCAUCACUGUUUACCUUCUUUCUGUUCUGGGAAAUGGUACUAUUCUCUGGAUCAUUGCCAUGGAGCCCACCUUGCACCACCCAAUGUACUUCUUCCUCUUCCUGCUUGGUGUGUCUGAUGUUGGUGUGGCCACAGCCUUGAUGCCCACCCUGCUGGGUCUUGCCCUUGCUAACGCUCAUGUGGUUCCUGCCUCAGCCUGCCUCCUGCAGAUGUUCUUUGUCCAUGUCUUCUCCAUCAUGGAAUCCUCUGUCUUGCUCACCAUGGCCUUAGAUAGGGCACUGGCCAUCUACCGCCCUCUCCACUACCCAACACUUCUCACCAAUGAUGUCAUUAGAAAAAUCAGCCUUGCCAUUGCUUUCAGAUGUCUGGGUCUCCAUUUGCCCCUGCCAUUCCUCCUGGCCUACAUGCCCUACUGCCACCCACAGGUCCUGACCCAUUCUUAUUGCUUGCACCCAGAUAUGGCCCGACUGGCCUGCCCAGGAGCAUGGGGUGCAGUCUACAGCCUCUUCGUGGUCCUAUCAGCCAUGGGAUUGGAUCCAUUGCUUAUUUUCUUCUCCUAUGGCCUAAUUGGCAGGGUAUUGCAAAGUUUGGGAUCCAAUGAGAAUCGCUGGAAGGCUGGCCAAACCUGUGCUGCCCACCUCUGUGCUGUGCUCCUCUUCUAUGUUCCCAUGAUCCUCCUGGCACUCAUUGACCGUCUUAGGGUGCCAGUCCCUCGACCUGCCCAUACUCUGCUCUCCUAUGUCCACUUCCUGCUUCCUCCAUUGAUAAACCCUAUUCUCUAUAGUGUCAAGAUGAAGGAGAUUAGAGAGAGAAUAUUCAAAAGGUUACAGCCCAGGAAGAUAGGUUGCACUCAGUGA